AUGGGAGGAGCCGUGAGCGCCGGGGAGGACAACGACGACCUCAUCGAUAACCUGAAGGAGGCCCAGUACAUCCGCACGGACAUGGUGGAGCAGGCCUUCCGAGCCAUAGACCGUGGGGACUACUAUCUGGACGCCUACCGGGACAGUGCCUAUAAAGAUUUGGCGUGGAAGAACGGGAACAUUCACCUGUCCGCACCCUGUAUAUACUCCGAGGUGAUGGAGGCGCUCAAGCUGCAGCCGGGACUCUCCUUCCUCAAUCUGGGCAGUGGGACAGGCUACCUGAGCACAAUGGUUGGCCUGACCCUUGGGCCCUAUGGAGUGAACCAUGGAGUGGAGCUGCACCGAGACGUGGUGGAGUACGCCCUGGAUAAACUGGACUACUUUAUAAAGAAUAGUGACAGUUUCGAUAAGUUUGAGUUUUGCGAACCCGUCUUUGUAGUGGGGAAUUGCCUUGAAAUCGCUACAGACAGUCACCAGUACGAUCGGAUUUACUGCGGGGCCGGAGUUCAGAAAGACCAUGAAAAUUACAUGAAAGUGCUGCUCAAAAUUGGAGGGAUUCUUGUGAUGCCUAUAGAUGACCAGUUGACGCAGAUCACUCGGACGGGCCAGAGCAAUUGGGAAAGUAAAAACAUCCUGGCGGUGUCCUUUGCUCCCCUGGUGCAGCAGAGCAGAGGAGACGGAGAGAAGGCCCCGGACAGCGUGCAGCUCCCUCCAGUGACAGUACGUAGCCUGCAGGAGCUGUCGCGCGUCUACAUCCGCCGGACCCUCCGCAGCCUGGCGCCCGACGACGACCAGGACAAGAGCGCGCCGCGGGUCCCCCAGAAGCGCAAACGCAGGCGCUGCCGCAGACGACGCAUCAACACUUACGUCUUCGUGGGAAACCAGCUCAUCCCGCAAAUGGUGGACAGCGAGGGGGAGGACCACAACGAGGAAGAGCACAGCAAAGAGCCCGAGGAGGAGGCGGAGGGGGAGGAGAGGGACAUCGGAGACAUCGAAAUCAUCAAACAAGUCAACCUCUUGAGAGACCAGAUCCUGGCCUUGCCGCUGCCCGAGCCGCUCAAAGCUUAUCUGUUGUACUUCAGGGAGAAAUGA